UCCUCUCCCGAUCAUGUGAUCAAAAGGAAUGGCAUUUGUGGGAAUCUCGCGAUUGCAGGUGUGAGACACCAGCAUUGCUCGAAGCAACGUGGUUGGUCGUCAGGAAGUAGAGGGCGGGUGCCUCUGUUCCAAGUGAGGGCAUGUCAGAGGAAUUCUUGAGGAGUGUUUGGACAGGAAUCAUCCAGAGAAGUCUGUUCUGUUUGUGAGUCCGCCAUGGAGGAAGACGAAGUGGAAACAGAGUGUGGGACCCUUUUAGAGACGCCCAAUAGCGGCGAGAGUGACAGCGACAGUGCCAAUGAAGGGACAUGCCUGGAGGCCAUGACGCCUGACGGCCAGGAUCACUACCUGAGGCUGGGCCAGACGCCCCGACGCCGCUCGGCCCUGCGCCUCUCGCGCAUCAUUGCCCGAAAGCAACUGCUUCGGAGGUUGCAGCAAGAGCUGGAGGCCAAGGAGGCGUGCGAUUGGCUGAGAGCUGCCGGCUUCCCUCAGUACGUGCAGCUGUACGAAGACUCUCAGUUUCCCAUUAAUAUUUCCGCGGUGAAAAGGGAUCAUGACUUCUUGGAUAGAGACCUGGUAGAGCCCUUGACCAGGCGCCUCAAUACACUGAACAAGUCUGCCUCAAUGAAACUGGACCUCACCCAACUAAGGAAGAAAGGGGAAGACUCGGAUGAAGAUGACCCGAUGGCCAUCAGCAAACGUUGGACAUUUGAGUGGAGCAGCCGCCGGUGGUCCCGCCUGGAAGACUUCCCGUCGGACGGUGGUCCUCAGGGCGGAGGCCAUGGCCCAUGCAGCGCGGCAAGCAGCGAGAGCGCUCUGAGUGAGCUGAGCGAGCAGGAGUUGGCCGAGAUCUCUUCGCUGCAAAGCGAGGACUCGGCGGAUGCCAUGUCGGUGGCAUCCCUAUCGGCCUUCUUCCAGCCGCCGCCCCCUGACCUCUCGCACUACAACUCCCUGCCCAUCAAGGGGGUCCGCCAAGGACAGGCAGGGCGCAGCAAAGCCAAGGAGUUCCUGCGGCGGAUGGAGGUGAUGCGCACCUGGGGGCCGUCCACCAUGCGCAAGAGCUCCAAACGCAGAGCGCCCAUGGUCAUUAGCGGACCCGUGCUGCAAGGGGAGGAACCCCUAGCCCUACAGGUCCUGCAGUGUACCCCUAUCGACCAGUUGGAGCAAAACCUGGCCAGGAACAAUGGCGAAACAUCGCCCGGCGAGGUCGGCAACUGCGGCAACGACUUUGACGACGACUGCGCCGACCUUUCCAGGAUGAACGUGAGUCCCAUUCGUGAUCCCACCCCCGCGCGAGCACGGACAGCCAGCAAACGAAGCAGCAAAUAUCUGGAGGACAUGGAGCUCCCCUUGCGGGGCAAGAGGCCCGAUGCACAGAGGAACCAGUUCCACUCGCAUGAAAACCUCCUCAUUCAUGUCCCCAAAGACCACAAGCCAGGUACUUUCCCCAAAGCGCUGUCCAUCGAGAGCCUGACGCCUGGGAGAAGCUCCGCCGACCUCACCGUCUCCCGACCAUCCAAAAGCAGGAACCCGGACGACAUCUGGUCUUGCCGUCCACUGUCUAAGCCCUCGUGCCCGAAAGCUCCGAGGGGCAGCCGGGUGAGCGUGUACGACAAUGUCCCCGGUUCCCACCUAUACGCCAGCACGGGAGACAUCCAGGACCUGGAGAAAGAGGACAACCUGUUCCCGCACUUGGAUGACAUUAUCCAGCAUGUCAGUGGCCUGCAGCAGAUCGUGGAUCAGUGGAGCCGCGGCGUACUCGCGGACAGUGAGGAUGGUCAAGAUGGCGAUGUCUCCCAGAAUGAUACAGACUCCAUCGGGACGAGUCGGGACAGAAGGGAUUCCGGCGUUGGGGCCUCCUUGACAAGACCGCGGGUGCGCUGGCCCAGUUUCAGGACAUCUCACCAUCUCAACCAGCCGUCUUCGUGGCUUCACAUCAGCUGCCAGUCGGCCGCGCAGCUCAGCCUGCUGCACAAGUUCUCCUUGCUCCGCCUCACUGCCAUCAUGGAGAAGUACUCCAUGUCCAACAAGCAUGGUUGGACCUGGUCUGUACCAAAAUUCAUGAAGCGUCUAAAGUCUCCCGACUCCAAGGAGAAGAGCGUGUUUGGGGUCCCGCUCAUCGUGCACGUACGACGUUGCGGCUUCCCGCUGCCCCUUUGCCUUCAGCAGGCUCUUGCCCACCUCACGCGCCAUUGUCUGGACCAGGUGGGCCUGUUCCGCAAAUCUGGUGCAAAGUCUCGCAUCCAAUCACUGCGUCAUCGGUGCGACGCCUCUCCCGAUAGUGUGGACUACGAGGAGCAGUCGGCUUAUGACGUGGCCGACAUGGUCAAGCAGUUCUUCCGGGACCUUCCGGAGCCCCUACUGAGCAACAAGCUGGGAGAAACCUUCUUGCACAUUUACCAGUACGUACCCAAGGAGCAGCGUUUGCAGGCAGUACGGGCAGCCAUCUUGUUGAUGGCGGACGAAAACCGCCAAGCGUUGCAGACGCUGCUCUAUUUCCUGCGCGGUGUUGCGGCACAGGUUGACGAAAACCAGAUGACGGCUGCCAACCUCGCCGUCUGCCUGGCGCCGUCCCUCUUCCACCUCAGCCUGACCAAGAGCGACACGCUCUCGCCAAGGUCCAUCCAGAGAAAGUAUGGCAGUGGCCGACCAGAUCAGAAGGACUUGAACGAGAACUUGGCUGCGACUCAAGGCUUGGCUCACAUGAUCACAGAGUGUCUGCACCUUUUUCAGAUCCCUGAGGAGAUGGUCAGCCAGUCCCGUAACUCUUACAUGGAAGCCGAGCUUACAGCGCCUCCUCUGGGUGAGCUGGGUAAGAUACGCCAGUGUGACAUGGAGGAAGACGGAGAAGAAGUGGACGAAGAAGACGAGGAGGUCGAUGAAGGAUCCUAUCAUGCUUAUGUGGAGAAGCUGAUCCACAACCUGCUGAAGGAGACCAAAGACAAAAGCAAAGCGUGGAUAUGUCGACCGACAGGAGAGCACGUGGAACUGGCCUCCAAAAAGGUGGGUGACGGCAACCCUCUUCGGCGCUGGCGCGUCAGCACGGAAGUGGAGGCCACGCCCGCUGAGGUUCUUCACCGGCUACUGCGAGAGCGCCCCCUCUGGCAGAUGGAGCUACAGCAGGAGAAGGUUGUGGAAACGCUGGACAAGCAAACAGACGUGUACCAGUACUGCUGUCACAACAUGGCGCCGCAGCCGCGCACAGACUUUGUCAUUCUCAGGUCCUGGCGUUCUGACCCAAUUAAAGGCUGGUGUGCACUGGUGUGCGUGUCGGUGGAUCGCGGCGACGGACCGCGGACGGCGGUGCGGGGCGUGGUCCUGGAGUCCCACUACCUGCUGGAGUCCUUUGGCAUGCCGACCAGAACCAGACUGACGCACGUCUCCAGAGUGGAUCUCAGGGGGCGCGCUCCAGAAUGGUACAACAAGGCGUACGGGCACCUCUGCGCCAACGAGGCGCAGAGGAUCCGGGCCUCGUUCCUCAGGGCGGUAGAACCAUCCCAAUAGAACCAGGCCAGUUGGACCUCCACGCUGAGCCUUGCGGUACAAGAACAUAUCCAUGUACUGUAGCGCUGCGAAAAGCGCACUUGUAUGCAGACUUUUUUUUAUUUGUGGGCUUCUCACAUUCACCUCUUUGGUGGUGAUGUCAUCACACAUUAUUGGAACAUUUUGGACUUGUUUUGACCUGAAAAGGUAAAGAAUAAGAAGAAGGUUCCAAAUUUCUUUGCUGUCAUGUCUGAGACAUGUGAUGGUUGCACUGCUUCUGGGAAGCAUGAUGAGUGUGUUUGUGUGAUUUAGAAUGUGUAAUGUGAGUGUGUGUGUGUGUGUGUGUGUGUGUGCGUGCAUGUUUGUGUGAGUGAGUGAGUGAGUGACUGAGUUUGCGACUGAGAAAGCGUGUGCGAGAGUACUUUUGUGUGUAGGAGCAAGAGAAUAUGUGUGCAUGAAAGCGAAUGUAUGUAUGUGAGGUAAGAGAGCAAUAAAGUGGAAAUUGAGAGUUUGUGUCUUGCGAGAGAGAAUGCCUGAGUGUUUGUGAGCAUGUGUGAGUGUCAGUGUUUAUGUGAGAGCGAGAGUGUGUCUUUGAAAGAGUGUGCUUGUGAGAAUUUGUGUGUCACAGUGACCGUCAGUGUGUGUUCGGAAAAGUGUUUAUGAGAGUGUGUGUGAGAAUAUGUGUGUGUUUGUGUGCGCGUUCAUAUGUUGUAAAUAAGAGCUUUUCAGGGUGCCGCUAUCAUAUUGAUAUGCUAACGAUAAGCAAUAAGAAACAAAUGCUUUAGUGUCUUUCAUGCUGCUGAGGAGCCUUCAUCGCCAUGGCAAUGCUAUGGUACAAUACAAGUUGCCACGAUGUACAACACAGAAUUGUUGUUUUGAAAUAAAAUGAAAAACAUA